AUGGAUUGUCGGAUCCUUUUAUGUAAUACAUACCAUCUUGGGCAUCGACCUGGUCAUGAGCGUGUUCAAAAAGCCGGAGGAUUGCAUAAAAUGAUCAACUGGCCGCGAUCGAUUCUGACAGAUUCUGGUGGUUUUCAGAUGGUAUCGCUAAGCAAACUAAUGUCCGUCGACGAAAACGGUGUCAACUUUGAGAGCCCUCACACAGCCGAAAUGAUGUCAUUGACGCCGGAGAUGAGUAUUGAAAUACAGCAGGUUGGCAUUGCAAUCGGCGGUUUGUCAGGAGGAGAAGAGAAAUCCCAGUUUUGGCGGGUGGUAGCAUCGUGCUGUGAGGCGUUACCAAGCCAUCUGCCUCGUUAUGUGAUGGGUGUUGGUUUCCCUGUGGACUUGGUGAUCUGCUCCCUAUUAGGGGCCGAUAUGUUCGAUUGUGUUUACCCAACAAGGACGGCAAGAUUUGGCACCGCUCUCGUUCGUCGAGGUGGUCUGAUGCACUUGAAUCAGAAACAGUUCGCCGAAGAUUUCAAACCUAUUGAAGAGGACUGCGAUUGCAACACAUGUCAGACCUAUAGUCGUGCCUAUAUCCAUAUGAUAAUGAAUAAGGUAGGAGCCAGUUCACGAUUUGAAUCGUGUCCGCAACACAUGGUUCAGUGUGGUUCGCUGCGGAUGAUGGGGCGUGUGUGA